AUGGCUGUAAAUAUAACUAAAAAACCUUAAAUAGUCUUCAAUCGCUCACUUAAAUUUUCUUAAAAAUCUAACUCUGCAAUUUUCAAGGAGACUAAGCCUUACAUGACACUAUACGAUCUACCACUGAUGAAUAUCGUGAAUAGACUUAAGGGUAUAAAGAAAACAUUCAAAAAUAUUGCAUUUAUUGGACCUAACCCUUAUCUCUUUAUCCAGCACUUGCCUAAGGAAUAUGAAAUUGAAAAUCUCUACUUUUGUGAGGGCUCUCAAGAAUGUGUUGAGAAGUCAUAUGAGAUCAUUACUCGUAAGAUAGAUAGUGGCUUCUAUGAGAAGGUAGGUACUAAUCUACCAAAUCAAAUAAUACCUAAGGUAAUAGAUGAGGAGUAAGAUUGGUAGAAAGAGUUUAAAACUGACUAACUUGAUUUGAUUGUAAAUAAUAUGAGUCUACACUGGGUUAAUGACCUAGACAAGACAUUGAAUAGCUUCAGAGAAACCAUGAUUCCAGAUGGUGUGUUUAUAGGAUCAGUAAUUGGUGGUAACGCUCUCUAAGAACUGAGAAUAUGUUUAAAUUUAGCUGAAUCUGAAAGAGAUGGCGGAGUCUCCACAAUAACUUCUCCUCUGCUCUCAAUCUAAGACAUUGGAAACAUUUUUGCAAAAGCUAAAUUUAACUUACCUACUAUAGACAUAUCUCACAUCUAAUAUGAAUUCACUUCUACCUUUUAACUAUUUGACUAUCUUAAGAAAACUGGAGAAUAGAAUGCGCUACUUUCUAAGAGAAAUUUUAUUUCAGAGGAGACUUUCAUAGCAGCAGCAGCAAUUUAUGAAACUCUCUUUAAUAAAAGAACAAUUGGUAGAAGAGAUGAGAAUUCUACCAGUAUCUUAGUAGAUACGCUCUAGAAUGAUUUAUUGGAUGAAAGAAUAGGCAAACCUAUAGUGGAUGGGAGUGGUAAAGUAUCUAAAAAUGAUAAAAUGAGAAAUAUAAUGACAACUCUAGAUGUUAUAUAUUUGAUUGGCUGGAAGUAGCACGAAAGUUAGCAAAAACCUAAGGAAAGAGGUACAGCUAAGUUUUCACUAAAAGAUGUUGUGAAAGAAAUGAAUGAUAAAGAGGGAGAUGAGAAAAAUAAAAUAAAGUAUGGAAUGUUGAUUGAUACUGGUGAUGAAGUAAAGGAGAUUGAUAAAUGA